AUGAUCUUCUUCAUACUCUGUGUCAUCUCCUUCACAGCGGCUGCACCGCAGAACGAUGUGAGCCAUGUGGAGAAAGUACGGAAACAACCAGUAUUCUAUGCAAUGGACGAGGCUCCAAUACUCUUUGAAGACUUCAUCAGAGAAUAUAAUAAAAAGUAUGACUCCAAAGAAAAGGAACAGAGAUUCAAGAUAUUCGUAGACAACUUAAAGAGAAUAAAUGAUCUAAACCGCAAGAGUACCAACGCUGUUCACGGUAUUACCAAGUUCUCGGAUUUAAGUGAAGAAGAAUUUCAAAAAUUUUAUACUGGUUUCAAACCGGACCCAAGCGUUUUAAAUGGAGAUUUUCAAAAAAACAAAGUGCGAUUAUCAUUUAACGUAACCGCCCCGGCUGCUUUUGAUUGGCGUGACAAAGGAGUCGUCACCAGAGUGAAGAUCCAAAAACAUUGUGGCUCGUGCUGGGCAUUCAGUACAACCGGUAACGUGGAGAGUAUCAACGCAAUUAAGAAUGGGAAUCUUGUUGAAUUAUCGGAGCAGCAAUUAGUGGACUGUGAUACCGAUUCUAACGCGUGUAAAUAUGGAUAUCCAGAAAGAGCACAACAAUACUUGGUGUCAAACGGUGCUAUGUCUGAAGAAUCUUACCCUUACGCUGCAGUUGCCGGUACCUGUAAAUAUGAUAGCAGUCAAGUCGUGGUUAAGUUAAGCAGUUUUGAACACGUAAAUAUCGCAGAGGAUCAAAUGGUGGACAAACUUUACAAUACCGGACCAUUGAGUAUAGUUAUUGCCUCAAAAGCUCUGGAUACCUACAUUAGUGGUAUCCUUGUCGAUAAUUGCGCGCAAGGUCAACAACUUGAUCACGCCGUUCUCUUAGUUGGCUACGGAAAUGAGGGUGGCGUUGACUUCUGGCUCGUCAAGAAUUCUUGGGGCAGUAACUGGGGUGAAAGCGGCUACUUCAGAAUACAGCGAGGUGUUAACUGUCUUAUGAUACAGAAUUACGGAGUCAUAUCAGGAAUAAUGGAGUUAGGUCAAAAGCAACUGUACUCUUUGGAGGAGGCUCCAACACUUUUCGAACAGUUUAUAAAAGAUUACAAUAAAGAGUAUGAUGAGAACGAGAAGGAAGAAAGGUUUAAAAUAUUUGUGAACAAUUUAGAGGACAUUAACGCUAUGAACGAGAGGAGUUCCAAUGCUGUUUAUGGUAUCAAUAAGUUUUCGGAUCUGAGCAAAGAAGAAUUCAUAAAAUACUAUACUGGUCUGAAACGAGAGGAGAUUCCAUCGAAUGAGGAUCAUAAAAGUACCGAUUUGCCAGAAUCAUUUAACGUUACUGCACCGGAUCAAUUUGACUGGCGAAAGAAAGGAGUCGUCACUAGCGUAAAGAAUCAAAGACAUUAUGGUUCAUGCUGGGCAUUUAGUGCGUCUGCUAAUGUUGAAAGUAUAAAUGCUAUAAAGACUGGUAAGCUCAUCGACGUGUCUGAACAACAACUAGUGGAUUGUGAUAUCGGCUAUGAUUUGGGAUGUUUAGGAGGGUUAGCGUGGGUUGCCAUGAGUUAUUUCCGCCAAUACGGUGCAAUGUCAUUGAAGUCUUAUCCUUACGUCGCUAAAGAAGGAAGUUGCCAUUAUGAUAGCAGGAAAGUUGUAAUCAGAUUAAAGGACUAUAAACAUGUUACACAAUUAACGGAAGAUCAAAUUAAGGAACAUCUUUAUAAUAUCGGGCCAUUGAGUAUAGGUAUAGCAGCAGCACCAAUUUCAUCGUAUACAGGUGGAAUUGUUAUCGAAGAUUGUCAUAGCAGCUUUCAGGUCAAUCACGCAGUUCUUUUGGUAGGAUACGGAAAAGAAAACGGCGUUGAAUACUGGAUCGUCAAGAAUUCUUGGGGUCAGAAUUGGGGGGAAAAAGGCUAUUUUAGAAUGCAGAGAGGUGUUAAUUGUUUAUUGAUAACAGAGGAUGGAUAUACAACAGCUGUUAUAUAA